AUGCUCACAGGGGGGCGGGCGGCCGCAUCUCCUGGUCAACCAGGAGGUGGGUUCAAACAAAAUUUUAACCUAUUUAUUCGUAACAGCUAUUGCGUCUCUGUCAUCUUUACAUACGCGUUAAAAAAGAAAGAAAGAUGCAUCAACAGAACUCUCAAGAGGCUCACACUACUGGCAGCGGCCUUGUCCGUCGCGCCAGCAGCCUACUUCCUUGUACCCUUGCUCACGGCCAAAGCCAGCAAGUCGCAGUACGCUUGCAACAACCGAAACUACCGAAACCUCACAGCCACUAUUCGAGAGUUCAACGCUCGGCUCGCCGAAAAGCUGCGCGAAAAUGACUCUGGCCAAGAGACUGUGUACGACGAUGACGACAAGUGGGUUCAAGUUUUGCCGCGUACGUACGUCUACUCUGCGUACAUGGACGAUUCGGAACCGCAAAACUGCCUCGUGCGCAUCGUCAGCGUCGUGCCGAAAGACUCCGCCCAAGAGAUGGCGGUGCAGUGCUGGCUGAACGUCGGACCGGCCGUUUUCCUGUCCGAGGCGAACCUGGAGGUCUUGCCUGAACACCACGGUCUCCCCUACGCGGCGGCGUUCUUCCUUUGUCCCGUCAAGUUUCCUUCCGAAGUGAGGAACCAUCCGAACAUGAGGGUUGCCCUUGGUACAAACUGGAACAUGACAUCACCCCAGUGGCUCAGAGUGCGCAACCAACGCAAGCGCCCACUCAAGUUUUGCUCCGUCUGCGUUCGUCCAGUGGUGGAACAUUACCGCAGGUUUUCAUCUAUUACAGAGUUCAUAGCCUACUACGCGUCAAUGGGCGUUGCACACUUCAACAUCUACCUGUGCCAGGUGCCGCGGGAAGUGGAAGUCCUGCUGUCGCACCUCCGAGAGAGGGGAAAGGUAGACAUCCGGCUUCACCGGUGGAACUUACCGCUGAACGACUCCUCCGUACUGGCGCACGGUCAGAUGGCGGCUAUCCAGGACUGCAUUUACCGCUCUAGACUGGCAUCCGAGUACAUCAUUAACGUCGACUUCGACGAGUUUAUAGUCUCCAAGACGAGGAACAGGCUGACCGACGCGAUACUUGAAAUUGAGACCUCGGUCGGCAAGAACUCCUUGGGGAGUGUUUUAGUUAAGAACCAGUUUUUCUGCUAUGAGUACCCGUUAAACGCCGCUUACCUCCGCCAUAAGCCUCCGAUGCUUUCUCGUAUUCUGUUCCUACGCGAAGCCAAUGUCUGGAAGCACUACGAGCGCUCCAAGUACGUCGCCAGAACGACAGCGGUGGUUUCGGGCGGGGUACAUUUCGUAUGGGAGCACGCGAAAGGCGCGAGAACAGUUGCCAUUUCCGAGUCGGUCAUGGUCAUGCACCAUUACAGGUCAUGCUGCGGCGUCCGCAAGAGCAACUUUUGGAGAACCUCGUACUGGGAGUUUUUGGGCGAGGAGCACGUAGUUGUCGACAAGUUUAUGUAUACAAUUUCCGCGAGACUGGUCUACUCGAAUGUGGUUGCGUCAGUCAAAGAACUGAUGGAUGAAUUGUCAACCGAGCCACUCUUCUACAGUGACUGAUGGACUAAAGGAUUUGCAUGCACAAUUUCAGGCGACACAAGCAGGCAUUGAAAUGCACAUCAACCACUAUCCAACUUGGGGUGGAACUGGGGAAUAGGCUGCGUGUGAUACUUUGUGCACAAUAGAUACGGUUACUCAGGACAAUGUGGCACAUGAUCACAGAGUAUUUCAAGCCACCGGUAAAAUUAGAGGGGCUUGCUGUGUCAAUGCGAUUGUAUGAUAUGGUUGAGGCACAGUGUAGUGAAGGAGUGCAGAUUCAUUUUGACCACCCGGUGUUCUUAACCUGCACCCAAAUUCACGUAAAUGUGUUUACCCAUUCUGCGCCUAUUGAAGUUACAGAGAAUCGAACCCAUGUCCUCGACCUUUCCCACGCGACACCUUACCAGCUAAGUGACCACAGCAAAAGAUAUAGCACAACUUUUUUGCACAAAACCAGUGCUACACCGUACACACAUCACAUCUUGCACAAUCGUGUCAAGUGGACGCAGAAACUUUGGGUGCAACACCACGUGAAAAAUAUCCGCAAAUAUCUCUCUGUUGCAAUGCCGCCUAAAGAGUAUGACUGGAGUUAAUGCCAGAAUUUGUGUUCUCAUGUGAUAAUGGACAGUGCAGGUGCGUGCUUGAUACUUUAGCUGUAAUUAUUUUUUAUUUCAUAAUCUCAAUAAACCACCAAACGAUGCCCGCAGCCUCCUGGUUAACAACAUGCAUCUAACAGCAAUGAAAUUUUUUGGCAUAAAAUUUGUCGAUCAGGCUCAGUGUGAACCCAAACAAAUUACAUUGGAUAAGCUUCGUCAAUUGUGGCAACUACUGUACCACCAGUUCUCAUCCUCUAGUGCUCUUAUUCAUGUUACCUUCAUCCUCCAAUUACAGCACAAAACCGAAAGCAAUAUUGCCUUAGUUCAGAAAAUUAUCAAACCAGCUAGUGAGGAUUGCAGUCCAAAUGCUACUUGGUAAUCGAAAAAUAGUGCUGAGGACAAUGUAGAUCGAGGCUCUACUGACUCUUGCAGUUACAUUGAUACAGGCUAGGUGCAACCGUUAGAUCAUUUAGGCAAUAAGAUGCUGCAGGUGUCGGAACACAAUCCUUGCCUACCCAUGAAUUGUUACUUUACCCGUGGCACAAACUUAAUCCAUUGAACUAGACUAGCCAACACGGAGGAGUGCGAAAAGCAUUAAUUAGUCUAAUUUUCACAAUGAUGUUAAAUAAGUGGUAUACAUAGCUUAUGGCACUUCUUCAUCAAAUUAUUCCUUCGUGGCAGCAGUUCCAUAGCAAAAAUUGCACCAAGACACAGCACGCUGCAGCCUUGAGAUGAUACGAAUCCACAUUACGAGUUUCCUUUAAUAGCACAGUUUAUACAGUGACUAGGCAAGAAGCACACAUGACACAGACCACAAAGACCAAGGACACUUAAGAUCUGCAAGAUAAAUGCAAGCAGAGUUAUAGGUUUCUAGAUCUGAAGUUAUACAGCUGGAGGUUUUCCUUCGUUUUGUACAAAAGCAAAUAUAUCAGUGUACCACUCACACUCAUGGUAGCAAUGCACCACCUUAAGGGAAUGUCUAGGGAGGAGAAAAACGUUUGUGAGCAAUCUCCAGGUCAUGUUUAUAAAAGCAUACAGUAGGGUAAUUCAUUCUAUUAAGUAGAACAGAAAAAAGACUUCCUUCCUUAAGGGGCAUCUCUGGCAUAUGUUAAACAAUACAUCGUCUCAGUCCUGCGUUUUGCGAAACACCGAAAAACUGUCAGGUCACGGUAAAACUGUGAACCAAUGGCAUUUUCAGUGGCUACCAUAUGAUAGAACCAUUUGUUGACAAUGACCACAAGCAAACUUCAUUCACUUGCGAACCAAUACAAAACAAAUGACAGAAUAUUAAGACACAACAUAAGCAUUAAUUGGGCAACAACAAAAAGGAAAUGUCAGUAACCAAUGACAAUAAACUACUGAAUCAUGCUUUGUUUAAAGCAUAAAUACAGCAUAUCAUUGUUAGCUAUUCUGGAAAUACAUGUGCACUUCAACUCAUGUUGCAAGGUUGUCUUCUGUUUACAUCCAUUCGCAUGAACAUAGGAGCUGUUAAAACACUGACAAAAGCUUGCAACCUCUCAAAAUGCAGAUUCCUUGUGUAGUAAGGGGACCCUCUAUCGAAGACAUGCACUAAGCAAGUUAUCUAGAUUAACCAUGGUAGCCACGCACAAAAUACAGGACACAACAAGUGGAUGCCCAGUCUUUGCCUAAGCAAGUCAGAUGUUACAAUCCAUUCAACCAAGAUCACAACAAGAAAAGGGCAGUUCAUCGAUAACAUUACAAACCAUUUUCACUUUUGUUCUAUGCAACAUCUUGUGCGAUACUCAACCGAUUUGAUAGACUAGGUGGUUCAAUUCAUUCAACUAUGCUAUGUGAAAAAAAUCUGAGUGGAGGAGUGCAGAUUCCCUUUUACAAGUCUGGCCAAUCUACGCACAAAGAGAUCAAGAACAGCAGGAAGUUGAGCUGGUUGGUAGGGCUAGAUUGGAUCUGCUCGUAUUACUUUCUUUAACAGUAUUAAUAUUUUCAGUUGAAAUAAGUUUAAAUGUGCUUCAGCUUUCUAGCACGGUUUCUCAAGCUUUUUCGAGCUGUUAGUGCAGGACAUACAUGCACUUAUGUAAAAUUAGCGUCGGUCAGAAUCCAUGCUAAGUGUAAUCCCAUGUAAUGUGCUAGUAUUUUGCUAGAACACUGUUGCCCCUAGACGCUGGCGCUAUCAGCACCAGCUUCAUGAAAGUGUCUUUGAAAGUUAUCCCCUGAUAAAACAGCCCCGAUUUCAUUGCCAUGAUGACAUUUGGGCUCUUACAAUACUAACACCCAGUAUUGAAAAAACACCAUCAGUGUGCAUGUAACUAUUGCAUGUAACUAAUAAUUCGCCGAGGGACUAAUAAGUCCCUUGGCGAAUGCCAUUUAACAGCAGACUACUGCCACAAGCUGCAGGUAUGCUUUGGCCCCGGCACGAACAUCUUUUCCACAGUGCACCAGUGAAGCUCCAAAAGCGUACGUGAUCUGUCACUAACGUACUGCUUUAAAUGCCCUGACUAAGCUAAGUAUCGCAAAAGGUACAGGACAUGAUAAAAAUGUACAUCAAGACAAGUGCUGCUCAACCAUUACAUGGGCAAAAUGAUGAAGCUGUAAUCAGUAUAGCAAUAAGCAGACAGUGUUCAAUAAUUGGCUAUUUCAUUGCCUUUUAGAAAGAAAUUGCACAAUAAAGCUUUUUUCCUUCGGUACUUCACCAA